AUGGAGCUUGAAAAUGGAACACAGAUAUAUGUCCUUAAUGGCACAGACCCAGAGAAUGAUCCCGUACGAUAUGGUCUGAUAUUUGAAAAGGGCUCCAAAGAAUAUUUUAAAGUGGAUCCCAAGUCAGGGAACGUGACACUUGUGCUGGAGCUCGACAGAGAGAAACAAGAUGAAAUCACCGUGCUUGUUAGCAUAACGGAUGGUCGGAGUAAAGUUGUUGAGACAGUAAGAGUGUUCAUCACCGACGUCAAUGAUGAGUCCCCUAAAUUUCAAAAUUUGCCUUUCACCAUUGAUGUCCCAGAGGACACUGCUCCUGGAAGUAGCAUCUACAGAGUCCAAGCAGUGGACAAAGAUAUGGGCUCUGGAGGCAGUGUUUCCUUUUAUUCUCAGACCUCAACUUUCACCAAGUUCACCAUUGAUGGACACAGCGGGGUCCUCAGGGUCAAACUGGGCCAAAUGUUAGACUACGAGACCACGCCCACACAUUUUGUAACAGUGGUUGCUAAGGAUGGUGGUGGAAAGUACAAUGGGAGGCAUCAGGUGUUGACUUCUACAGCCACCAUAACCAUUAAUGUACUUGAUGCUCAAGACAUGCCUCCAUCCUUUGUAGGAACCCCUUAUUUUGGCUACAUUUAUGAGGUGUCACUUCCUGGUUCUGAAAUAUUCACUGUAUAUGCAAAAGAUGGAGACCAAGGCAACCCUAACCCUAUGCAUUAUUCAAUUAUCAAUGGUAGUGAUGGUGUCUUUGAUAUAAAUGGUACAAGUGGAUGCAUCACGCUGACCGCUAAUCCAUCGCUACUAAAAAAUGAAAUAUAUGAGAUUAUAGUCAAGGCAUCCGAGGUGGGACAAAAUGGUCAGUUACUGGACUACGAUGUAACCACUGUGAUCGUCCGGGUGGUGGAUCUGAACAACCAUCCCCCGACCUUUUACGGAGAGAUUGGUCCUCAGAACAAGUUUGAGGUUACCAUGUACGAGCAUCCACCUGCAGGAGAGAUUCUCCGAGGCUUUAAGAUCACUGUAAAUGACUCAGAUCAGGGAGCAAAUGCUAAGUUCAAAUUGAGACUAGUUGGGCCUAGUCGGGUGCUACGAGUGGUUCCCCAGACAGUCCUCAAUGAAGCCCAGGUGACCAUCAUCGUGGAAGACACAUCUGGCAUUGACUACGAAAAGGGACCAACACUUUCUUUCAAGUUGCUGGCAGUGGAGAUUGACACACCUGAAAAGUUCAGUGCCACAGCUGAUAUCGUGAUCAACCUUCUGGACACUAAUGACAAUGUUCCCAUGUUUACAUCUGAGUAUUACAUUGCCCGGAUCCCUGAGAACUCACCUGGAGGCUCCAGCGUUGCAUUUGUUACAGCAAAUGAUCCAGAUUCGGGGCCUUGGGGUGAAGUCAAAUAUACGAUUUAUGGAUCAGGAUCAGAUUUGUUUACCAUCCAGCCAUCCUCUGGCCUCAUCUGCACACAACCGUGGACCAGCCUGGAUGCAGAGGUCAGAUGCAAAUACAACUUCUACAUCAAGGCUGAGGAUUCAGAGGGAAAAUACAGCCUGGCUGAAGUCUUCGUCACCGUGGUUGAUAUGAACGACCAUUCACCAGAAUUUGGUGACAAGCUUCUAGAAAAGACGAUGAUUAUUGGCACACCUGUAAAAGUAGAGGCAGUGGAUGAUGAUGCAGAGUCCCCGAACAACAUCAUAGAAUAUUCCAUCAUGCAAGCCGAUCCUGAUAAUGCAUUUGACAUUAAUGCAGAGACUGGAGAGAUCAUAUUAAAGCCUUUCAUCAAGUCCAUGGCAAUUGUGAACAACAUCACCAAGCAGAAGGACUGCAAAUGGUCUCUUGUGGUCGAGGCCCGGGACAGAGGUUCUCCAUCCUUUAGCACAACAGCUGUGGUCAAUAUCGAUAUCACUGAGGCGACUCCUCUCAAGGGGCCUAUGGGGGCCUUUUUAUUGAAAAGUAGAGACAGUCCUAUGAAAGCUCUAGGCAUGGUCACUGGUAUUAUUAGCUUAUUGGUAGGAGUAACGGUCUUAAUUUCAACGGCUAUAUACUUGCGCAACACAAAGUCAAACAGGAUCAUGCCAGCACGCCGCAUCAUUAAGAGGAGGACCAGGGACCACCAGCCCUGGACUUGGAAGAUACCUCGCUUCAACUUCAACAACCCCGCAGACAAAUUCCUCAUUGGAGAUCCAGAGAACAGCCACCGACGGGAUUCCAGAAGCUCUCAUCCAAAGCCUUCCCCGCCCAUUGCUCCUUGCCUGCCCCCAUCACCACCAUCUGUCACACGAACCACUGACUGGCCCCGACCAGUCCCAACCAUAUCUGGUGCACUGGUCAAAAAAGGCUCCAAAAAAUCAAAAUCUAACCGCCGCAAAGAAGGAAAUAUUAGCUCUGCUUUAGUCUCAGAGCUUAAAAUGAAGCUAGAGCAGAAAAUCCAUGAGAGCAACCAAGGAUAUUAUUGUUAAAAUGUUUUGUUUGUGGUUGAUGGUCAUUUGAACAAUUCUGUGAUGGUUCUUACAUUUUUUUAAUCAUCUGAGAGGUCUUACCUGAAUGUCACAUAAUGCAUUGGUUGAUUGAUUCCAAACCAAAUAAUUCAUGACUAAAUGGGGAGGUGUAUAUACUGUAUACUUUAAGAGACAAUAAACAAGUCUGCUGCCAUACAUCCCUCCUUCAAAUGUCUUAGGUUAGUGGAUGGAGCUUGAAAAUGGUACGUAAUAUAGUAAACCACACUGACACCUUCAUGAUUCCUUCCAUAACAUCAGUUUUAGUACCACUACAAUUUGCACAAGAAAACAAUUAUCAUGGCUUACAGUUUAUGCAAAUGUUAUAUCACCUUCUGGACAGCAUAGCAUUUGAAACCCUGCAGCAUUUUACAAACAGUUCCUGCAUUUACUUAAAAGUCUAAAAAAAAAAAAUCUUGGUGAAUGUAGCACACAGUUCUGACAUCAUCAUUAAAAAAACAAUGCUGGUUAAUAUGAAGUGCUCUACAUUAUUAUAUUUUUUAAUGUCAAAUCAGCUGCUUGAAAGCUGAGAAUUUGCUUUUUUGUAUGAUUACAAUGUGCCACUGUAGGUUAUUGCUGUAGAAUUUCAAUAGGUAUAUAAAUUAAGCAUUCCUAAUAUUUAUUUCUAAAUUUGUGUGUUACUCAGAAAUGCUUUUAUAUAAAUAACAUUGAUGAAUAAGUGGACACAUUUUUGUGCAUUAUUUUUGAGCAUCCAUUUAUUAUAAAACAUAGAAGGACAUUUCCAGUUUCAUUGUUCAACACUACAUAGCAUAUUACAAAUGAAAUUAUAUAACUCUGUAAAUCUGAAUUAUUUUAAAAUUAGUUGAAAACAACUAGCGGAUAUUAUUAGCAAAAAAAUAAAAAAUCAACUAUGCUUGAAACAGUCAAGCUAAAAACACUAUGUAUUUAGCCUGCUUGAAGAUUAUCUAUAGAUAGAAAUAUGAAUGUAUAAUACUGGUCAUUAACUGCACAAUGUCUUCCUAUGUUACACUUCAAUGCCUUCAAAUGUAGGCAAAUUAAAUUAGUACAGUGGC